CCAAUGGGGUACCUACACACAGCUGGACAGACGCCUGAACGGACCACUGGAUGACCGACGACGAACUUAGUUUUAACUUCAUUUUAUUUUAUUUCACACAUCAUUCGUUUUGUCCAGGCUCCCCAAAUAAACACGGGCCCUGAACAACAUCACGCAAUCAUGUCGCUAGCACCGGCCAGCUCGAAGGACGGCUUCUCCUACGCCGGAGACUUGUUCGUCGAGGCUAGCGGCCACAAUCGUCACCGGCGAGCUACCAUACCCGAGCUCAAGGACCACUUCAAAUCCGGCUCUGACAAGGAUCAUCCAGCUCAUUGGUUCGAGGCUCAAUGUAUCCACUACGGCUUGCAGCCUUCCAAGACCAAGGCCGUUGCUCGCAUGCGCCUAUUUGAUGCUGUCAACGGAGGUAAACUCGCCGUCCCGUCCCACAUCAAGAAGCUCGAGUCCGAACUCAAGAAGGAGUGGACCAAGAACGAGCGCGAAGCCAAGAAGGCUAUCAAGGACACAUCGUUAUCUGCAGCCAAAUCUACGAAGCGCAAGGCCGCAGCUGAUUCGGUUGAUCUGACCCUUAACGUCGGCGGCAUCAACAUAACAGUCUCGGCCAAUAGUGCAGCCAAAAAGUCCAAGACGACUACCAAAGCCACAUCAGCACCUAAGACUUCAAAGACUACCACUACACCAAAGACAGCCACACCAAAGGCCACCCCGUCCAGCACAGCCAAAUCUAAGGCUAAAGCCCCCGCAUCGUCCCAGAAAAAAGCAUCCUCAGCAGUAUCUUCUUCUGCUCCUGCCCUUUCCACGCCCACUGCCAGAGGUCGCACACCCGGCGGUCGUGGCGGAAUUCACCAAGGUCCCGGUCGCAGCAGCGUCCCGGCGCCUUCACCAAGCCCGGCCCCACCGCGACGUACCCAACCCGCCUUCGCCCGCUGCAGUCGAGGCCGGGGCCAGGGAUCAAGCUUUAAUACUUCGCAGCGCAUGGGUCACAACGACGGCCUGGUUUAUCUUAGUAGCGACGACGACUAUAGUGGAUAUGGUGGCGGCUCCGUCAAGGACGAGGACGAGGACGAGGAUGCGGAUGAGUUGAAACCGCUAGGCCUUCUCAACGGCCGCUACACCCUCUCCAGCGACGAGGAUAUGGCGUAUGGAUAUGACCUCUCCCUAGUCUUGACGCUGAACGGAAGCCAGCUUUGGGGCUCCUUCGACCUCGGCAUCGUGCGUGGCGUUCUCAGACUUGAGAACCGACCGUACAUGUCUUCCUACGAAAGCCUCGAUUUUAAUUGGCGCGGUAGGCAGGAUGACGCGGGAAAGAUCUCAUUCGGAGAUAACAACUGGGGAUGGAUCAAAUUCCUGGGCGACGGCAAGAUCACGGGCUUCCUGAGCGGCUACGAUAUCCCGUUUACGGGCCAGCGGAUGCCUGGCCAGGGCACGAGGAGCGAGAUCGACGCCGCCACGAUGAGGGCUGAGUGGAACUGCUACACCUACGAGUUGUAUACCGAGGAGAGUAGCGGAUGGUACUAAGAGAUCGUGCCUGCAUUGCACCGGAGUUAUAACAGAGGUUGGCUCGGGACUUUGCGUGCCCUGGAGACAAUUGAAUUCUACAGGUUUUUCGGAUCACGGGACGGUUGAAAUUGGUGCCGCGGCUUCUUGCCUAC